GCAAUAUUGCUAAUUGCACUAAAAGUAAAAUGCAUUCAAAUAAUUAUUAAUUUUAAAAUCACAUCAGUUUUGCCCCACGCCUGUGCCCUGUGGGGAGUCCAGCCCAUCACGUCAUAUUGACAGACUUUUAAACCACAGAAUAGGAAGGUAUAGAACUAGUUAUAGUUAAACUAACUAGUUAUAGAACUUUUUCUAUAACUUCCUAUUCUGUGUUUAAACUGUCUGCUUGUACAUUUCUUGCUUUGUCGAGACCUAAACGUCAUCUUGCAGAGAACCAACGCUUGUAUAAUUGUGAAAUACAACUAUUUCAGGAAGUCCAACACUGUACCGGAAAAUCUGCCCAGCCGAAGAAAAAUGGAAUCUCCGGUAUUUUCUAGUCAUUUCUAUAUAUUGAGCAACUUAACUUUAGAUCAUUUCCAAUUAACUUUUAACAAUAUCAAAGACACAAAAGCUCCCCAUGCAUCUUUGCCAUCUUUUGUACGGCUUUAACCAUGCAUUCAAAUAACUUAUUUGUUGUCUCUUGUCUGUUGAAUAUCAACAAAAACACACUGAGUUGGCGCUUCAUUUUACCCAAAUUGCUGUGCACAAACAUUAAAGUGCACAGACCAAAGUUUCAAAGAUGUAGUUUAUUAAAUAUCAAGAUGAUAGACAUCGUUAAGGAUUAUUUAGCACCGAAAAGAUUUGGUAUUGUCGGCUAUGUAUGUGUAAUUUUUCAUUUCCUUUGUGGAUUGGUAUUUACUGCUGUUACUGCAGCUUUGAGGCUAAGCGAGAAUGGGAAAUUUUUUUGCCCUGUCGAUGUUAAAAGUUCGGCCACGUACAAGAAACAGGCCGAUCAGGUAUGUUUUGCGAGAUACGAUCAAGCUUAUAACUCCCCUAUACCUUUGUAUGGCUUUGUUUUGCUAAGUAUUGAUUUCACAGUUCUUGUCAGUGUUAUUUAUUCACUGCUAGUAUGGAAGCGCGUCGACGAAAUAGAGUCAAGCCAUGAACGUCAAACGACUCAGACUAAUGGCAAAACCGUGAAUUGUGGACAGAGUAAUAGGAAAACAGUAUAUGUUUUGAAUUUAUAUUUUGUCCACCUUGUUCUUCGUGGGUUAUUUGUGAUCAUUUUGACUGUUUUGCAGCACACAUAUUUCUAUCCAAAUGGGUUUGAUUUCAAAUUCGACUGUCAUGUAUCACCAACGGAUCAAGUAAUAUCCAACAUAAAUACACCAACAAAUUCGAAUGCGAGUCGUAAUUUGAAUGGUACAAUAGUAACAUGUAAGAAUGCGACAGCGUCAGAAAAAUGGGUAUCGGGUAUAUUUGUGUCUGUAAUAAAUAGUAUUGUUGCUGCAGUUAUACUUGUGGAAGUGAUUUAUCUUUUGCCACGUUUACCAAUCCUCAACCAUCAUUCUGGAGUUGGCUGGAGCUGUGAUUCUAAAUUUGUUAUUGAAUAUCUUCUUGGCAAGCAAUAUAAUGUACCUGUUCAAAGUCAAUCUUUACCAGAUAUCGAAAGCAACCCUCCACACUGUAGCACUCAGCAUUAUAGCAUUCCGGACUCUGUCGCUCAAGCGUGUAGUUAUAGCACUAUGAACGAUAGCAUUCAGGACCCUAGGAAUCAGGGCAUUCCCGACUCCAUCGCUCAAGAAUGUACCACUAUGGACUGUAUCGACGUUCACAAGAAAUAUGUUUUGAAACAUUCUCAUCCACGUAUUGAAUGUCUUCUGGACAAACAAUAUAACGUGCCUGGUGAAAGUGAACCUUUAUUAACAAGCAUCGAAAACAACCCUCCACACUGUAGCAUUCAGGAUUAUAGCACUCUGGACUCUGUCGCUCAAGCGUGUAGCACUUUGAGCGAUAGCAUUCAGGACACUAGGAGUCAGGACACUCCCGACUCCAUCGCUCAAGAAUGUACCAUUAUCGACAAUGACAUCCAGGACCCUGGGACUGAGGACUGUAUCAACUUUUACAAGGAACAAGUUUUGAAUCGUUCUCGUGAUCCUGGCAUUAUUUAUGGACCAAACGUUAAUAUAGAUGAUUUGUAUAUUGACGUUGCUAUCCAUACAGGACGAGCUCUGCAUAAUUUUCCUGAAGAAAUGAAAAGACACGAAAUCUACGACGUUUAUAUGAAAGUCCCUCCGUACUCAGUAAGUUUAGAAAGGAUUGAAAAUUUAUUUUAUCCAAACAGAGAUACAAAGGGAAAAUUUCCUCGUAGCAUUUUGGUGAUUGGAAGACCUGGAAUUGGUAAAACUGUCUUGACAGAAAAAAAUUCUGCGUGAUUGGGCUAAUGGAAUUGAUGAAUAUUACUGUGACAAGAUUGUCUUCUUUUUCAAAUUCAGAUGGUUCAACGAGGAUAUUAACAAAUUAAUAAAUAUAUCCCUCAAGACAUUUCUUCGGUUUGGGACGGGACUGAAUGAGAAAAAUUUUGAAAGUAUUUAUGAAGAAAUUGCAAAAGAACCACAAAAGGCCAUUCUUAUUUUUGAUGGUUUGGAUGAAUAUCACGGCGAUCCCAUAAGUUGCUUAGACCAACCUCGCAUCAUUCCAAACGAUCCUGAUGCUGGCAUGUCAGCAAUGAAUUUAUUCAUUAAACUAGCUUUGGGCGACUUGUUGAAAGAAGCAACAGUUGUCGUAACGAGCAGACCGACUGCAGAUGAUUUUUACUCUAGACUUGAUUUUGAUCGAAAUGUGGAGAUUAUUGGUUUCACUUCUGAUAAGAUUGAAGAAUAUGUCAGCCGAUUUUGUGACAAUAAUAACACGAGUGACCUUAAAGCGAAGACAUGGAACCAUAUAAAAUCCUCAUCAGAACUUUUAAACUUAUGUUACAUUCCAGUCAACUGCUUUAUAGUGUGUGUUACCUUCUCUGGAUGUCUUAGUGACCCAAGAAAUAAAACUGGUGCUCUUCCAACAACACUGACAGAACUUUACCAGACAGCCAUAGACCAUUUUGAGAAACAUCAUCACAGAAAUGCCGACAGAAACUCUAUGGCACAUGAAGCGUUAAAGCAACUUCAACGAUUAGCAUUCCUUGGUAUGGAAAGCGGCCAACUGAUUUUUGAUCAAGUAUUAUUUGACGAACAAAUGAAAAAAUCAGGUUUAUUAAACAGUUUAUCUAACCCUAUUUUCCCACUACAAACACAAUUUUGUUUUAUCCAUCUAACCAUACAAGAAUUUCUUGCUGCAAGACACGUGACUGAAACAUUCGCUCCACCGGAAAUAGAGCAGUUUAUUUUGGAUUAUAUUGCUGAAAGUGGUAAAUGGCAUUUAGUUCUUCAGUUCAUUGCAGGACUUUUGGGCAAGAAAAUCAAGAAUUUUGAUAGGGAAUACAAGGAUUGUGUUUUCGCGUUUGCUGAAAGCUUCGAAGUUGAUGGUGGUGAAAUUGAAGUUGAAUACCGUGAAGUGUUUAUAAUGAAGUGUUUAAGGGAAGCGGACAAUGAAGAGAUUACUAAAGAAGUUUGCGAAACAACUGCUAUAAACGAUUUGGUAGAACUAAGCAAUGAUCCAGAUGUUUAUGAUCUUUCUCCAAGUGACUGGGCAGCAGUGACUUUCGUUUGCAAACACAUGAAAAGAUUGGCACAAUUGAAAUUGUCUGGAUUUGCAGCAAAUUGUCUUCCGCAGGUCCUAGGAUUGCUACGAGAAAGAUACCUAAAUAAACUAGAACUGUUUUCGCCAGUAGAUUGCCUUGUUCCAGACGAACUAGUCGACCAAAUAUUUAGCGCAUUAAUGGAAUUAAACUGCACGUUCGACCACGAACACACUAAGCUGACUACGUUAACACUUAAGGAUAUGUCAAUGACCGAAGCAGGUUUACCAAUCAUGUGCAAAUUUUUUGAAAACGGACAUGCGAGCCAACUUAAGCAGUUAAAUCUACUGCAUAUUAAUGGCAUUCUUUCACAUGAAAUUUCGAAACUUUGUGAAGUCCUUAACAAUGGACAUUGUCCAAACCUUACCGAUUUGGAUCUUUGA